AUAAACGAAACAAUAAAACAGAGAGAGGCGAAAACUUCUUCUUUCUCUUAGAGCCUAAGGUGCUGAGCCUUCCCCCUUUGCAAACGCGGAGGCUCUCGUAUAUAAAGAGAGACUGACAGUCUUCGUUUCGCAAUCAUUCGUCCUCACGUUCUUGCCUACUAGAGAGUCGAACAGAGAAAAGAAUUCUGCAGAUUGAAAAGCAUCGGGAAUUCUUUCAUCACCACAUCCCGCAGCUAUUCCAUCAACGUAUUUGUCUCACCUUCAUCAUCGCCGCUAAGAAUGGACGUUGCAAAUGUACGCGUUUUGAUUGUGAUGCUGUUGGUGAUUGGUCUGGCUAGUGCCCAGGUGAAUUUCUCCACUAGUUGGGGAAAGCGUUCGCCUUCUGUUUUAUCAGCAGCACCAGCAUCCUCAGCACAAGGAUCUUACCUCGCGCUACGCCAAAAGCUUCAUUCUAAGAAGGAACCCGGCAUGGAGUCACAACACAACGUUCUUCCGGAUUCGGAUUCUGGGGCGCAAACGGUUUACGACGAAGCCGAAGCCGAAGACCAGCGAACGUCCGGUUUACUGCCCAGUCCUUGCUUGUCUCUCCUCAAAGUUUUGAUGUUAGUCAAUCAAAUUGCCGAGACGGAGUUGCAGAAAGUGGAGAAAUAUGAUCGGCAACAGCAAUAGUGGUCAUUACCAUAAGAAAGGGCGUGGCUGCGUGAUUUUGCUGUGAAUUUGACGACGUCGCUUGUUCCGAUAUUUAUUACUAUUUACACACCAGCGUCAAAUCGAUUCUGUUUCUUUUUUUUUUUUAUGUUUAUAUACAUUUAUAUUUUAUCAUGUUCGUUUGUGAUUGUCGUGACGCAGCGGCAAUCAACAUGUGUCUGUCGAAUUGAAACAUCCAACGAUUGUGUCUUUGUCGUGAAUAUUAUUAUAAAUAUUUAAUAUUUAUAAAUGUAACAAUUGUCA